AGGCGCUCGUUUUAAACAUGUAAGCUUUUCAUCCAUGCCCACAAACUAAAGUCCAUUUCAAUUUAAGGGAAAAGGAAUCCAUAAUGAAUAAUAUAGAAAGACUGGAUGUUCAUCCUCGGAUAAUAUCAGCGCUAAAAAAGACAAAGUUAGCAAACAAGACCACAAUUCUCUGUAUGUCAGCUGCAGAUCUGGAAAGAGUCACAAAACUUUCUUCCUUUGAUGUCUCUGUUCUUCUUAAAGCUGUUUCACUUUCACUUCCUUGUCCACCCAUGAGAACUGCUUUGUCACUUUAUAAAAAUUCACAAGGACACAGAUUGUCUCUAGGGUGCCAAAUAUUAGAUGAUUUCUUGCAUGGGGGUAUCCUGAGUGAAGGCAUCACAGAGAUUACAGGAGUUAGCUCCUCUGGUAAAACACAAGUUUGCCUUCAACUUUGCUUGUCAGUUCAGUUACCUCAUGAACAAGGUGGUCUUGGAGGAGGUGCAGUUUACAUUUCAACUGAGGAUGUUUUCCCCAGCAAGAGACUGCAUCAGCUUACACAAUGCUUCACCAAGAGUCAAGUACUUCAUCCAUCAAGUUGUAAACUGAAUCUCAACGAUAACAUUUUCAUUGAACAUGCAGCUGAUGUGGAUGACUUGCAAAACAUCAUUACACAUCGCCUGCCAUUGCUGUUGAACAGAGGAGCUAUCAAGCUUGUGAUUAUUGACUCCAUUACAGCUCUUUUUCGUGUGGAGUAUUCACUUGGAGAAACUUCCAAGAGGGCAAAGGUUUUAAGGUCUUUUGGUGCACAGCUUCAAAAACUCAGUCAUCUUCACUCUAUUCCAGUGGUUUGUGUAAACCAGGUCUCUGAUGUAAUUCAAACUGAGGGGAACAGCUCAAGAAUUGGAAAUAAAACUGUUAUUCCAGCCCUUGGACUAGCUUGGUCAAGUAUGGUAACUACAAGACUGAUGCUGUCACGCACAGAGCAACUGAUACAACGCAAUGAUGGUGAAAGGAACCCUGUGAUCAAGAGAUGUCUGCAGAUUGUCUUUGCACCUCACCUGCCAAGCACAUCUUGUUUCUACUACAUAGAUACUGAGGGAGUCCAUGGAUAUAAAGAACAGAUUUGUAAUGAAAAAAGAGAAAAUUGAUCAAUUCAAAGACAGUAAAGUUCAGGGGCCAAGUCAGAGUCCUUAGAGCAAGUUCCAUUUCAUGAGGUUUUCAUUGGCUUUAAGGGAAGGACCUAAAAUUUGGGCAUCCUGUACAGUCAAAUUUACAUUGUACAAGCUAGCCUCCAAAGAGGCCCUAAUUAGAAUCACCGCAAGAUGCAAAGAUUUGAGACAAGUUGGGGAGAGGUUUGUUAAGGGCCUGACACUAAUAAUGACUACUUGACUAACUCACGUUGAUCAAUGCUUCAUACUUUCCAGCAGGUGAAGAAACUCUCAUGCCAAAGUGCUUAAAAUGAAUACCAACAUUAGUUUGCAAAAAACCCUUCUUAGCUGAUUUCCAUUGCACAAAAAUGCUCAGUCUGACUUGAAAAGCAAUGUUUUUUUUCCUUAACCCUCUCUCUUCCAAGCAGGGUUGUCACUAAGAGCAGGUACAAGGCAGAAACCCAUCAGCAGUCAGACCAUUUUGAAUGACUUUUCCACUUGUUGUCAAAGACAGAAAAUAGGUAUUUUCGAACUGAUUCUUACAUCAAUGUCUGGAUAAAUAAAGUUACUCAAAUGUCACCGAAUUCUAAAACUUGCAUCUCAGAGAGACAAAUUUGAAUACCAGUCUUAAUAUAAC